AAAACAGCAGCACCCAGUGGACCAGGACCAGAGACAAGCCCAGACCCAGGACCAGGAUCAGGACCAGCAGAAGACACCAGACCAUUAGACAGUAUGCAGUGUGUACGUUGUCCCGCCAUCUUUGCUCUCGUGGUGUUGGUUCUGUGCAGUCCGGGUGUUUCCUCUCAGCCCGACAGAGACCAGGACCAGUACCAGAACCAAGACCUGGACUUGGAGCUGCGUCAUCACCGGCUGCUGCAAAGAGCUCGCGGCGCAGGACUCCUGUCACAGGAGUGGACUAAACGUGCGGUUGAGGACCUGCUGGCUCAGAUGUCUCUGCCUGAGGGCGAAGCCCAGAGGGAAUCUGAGGUGGUUUCCACAGCAACAGGAGGAAGGAUGAACCUGGAGCGGUCUGUUGACGCCCCCAACAACCUGCCCCCCCGUGAACGCAAAGCCGGGUGCAAGAACUUCUACUGGAAAGGCUUCACUUCCUGUUAA